CUUCCGUUGUUCCAUUUAGCAGCAACUGAUAGAGGAUGAGCUUCAGCUUUGAGGCAUUGCGGGGCCUCUUAUCAAAAGAUAAACCCAAAGAGGCAAAACAGAAAUAUGAAUUGACGAGGAAUUCAGAUGUUCAAAGGCAUGAAAGUGGGUUAGAGAGCCCAUCAUUUCCAAGAUGGCGUAUGACGUUUAUGUCGUCAGAAGAAGGAUCAUUGGAGUUAGAUCACGAAUUCUUUGGGAGCACCUUCUCAAUGUCGGAAAGCCUGAAUCUGGACGCAGCACGCCUGCCUGUCUCAAAAACUAUAACCCACCGACCAUCCAGUCUAGGAGACACCUAUCGCAGGAUCCACCGAAAUUUUACAGUCGGCAAGUCAAUACACUUAGCAGCUCUCGCUGGAGAUCUCAGAGAAGUCCAGCGAUUGAUCAACAAUGGCGUUGAUAUCCAUAAGCCAGAUCACCUUGGUAACACUCCCCUGAUGUGCGGGGUACUGGCUGGUAGCCUCGCUGUCGUAGAGCUGCUGAUCCAGAUGGGAGCUGAAGCUAAAAGAGAAGACAACAUGGGGAACACAACACUGCACUCCGCCAUACAAACUGGCAACGAAGACAUAGUGAAGUUGUUGCUUAAUUCCGGUUCCCAAGCUGAUGUAAAUAAAAUUGGCAGUGGUGGUCUUUCUCCGUUGCAGCUUGCAGCUCAGUCAGAUCACGCAAAGUUGUGCAAACUACUUGCUGAUUAUGGAGCCCAGCUGGAUUGUAACCAUGGUAACGCUCUAACACUUGCUGUGUUGAAAGGCUCCAAGGAUGCUGCUGCUUGCCUCUUUGAUCUCAUUGAUGAACGUAACAUGAAAAUGGACUCGUUUAUCUACGAUGUGGAUGACAGCGGAAACAGUCUUCUCCAUCUUGCAGUAGAAAGCUCGGUUUUCCAGUCUGUAGAUUUGUGUCUUUCAUACGGAGCUAAAAUGGCCGUGACAAGGAGUAAAGAUGGCAGUACACCGUUUCAUUGCGCAUGUGCGUUAGGGAACCUUGAUGUGGUGAAACGUUUUUAUGAACAAGACAAGGAGGCUUUGGGCUGUAUUCCCAAAGACAAUCAAGGAAUGUCUCCACUACACAGGGCUGCUGGAAAUAAUCACGCGAAAGUUGUAAAGUUUCUGCUAGAAAAGGAUUUUCCAGUAAAUCCCCGAGAUGCUAAAUGCAGGACACCCUUGUUGUUGGCUUCGGCUGUGGGUGGACUGGAAUCUGUCAAAGUUUUGCUGGAAUUUUCUGCUGAGGUCACUGUAAAGGAUUUUAAUCUUCGGUCGGCGUUACACCUCGCCAUCGGUCACAACAUGACACUGGAGGCUCUCUUGAAGGUGCCUAUCUCAAAACAGCUUAUAAAAGAGAAAGAUGUCCAUGGAUUUGCUCCAAUUCAUUAUGCAGUUCAGAGUGGAAGCCUACAGGAUGUCUCUUUACUUAUUUCCUACGACAUGGUUGUAACAGAGGUCGUAUCUGACGCGCUGGAUACAGCACUGCACCUGGCUGCAAGGCAUGGAUUUUCUGACAUUACCGGAAAGUUGUUAGAAAACAGAAACGAACGCCUCAUCAAUGCUGAAAACAACCAGAAGAGAACCGCUUUACAUCUGGCCUGCAUGGAAGGACAUCAUGCUGCUACUGCUGUCCUAGUAACAGACUCUGCAAUACAAAGGGACAUCAACCAACGCUCGCCACUACACCUGGCUGCUACACAAGGCUCACUAAAAUGCGUUGAGCUCGUGAUAAAGUUUCACCCAGAUUGUCUUAACUCCUGGGACCGAAAUGAGAAUACAGCUAUACAUCUAGCCGCUAUAGCCGGGCAUGCGCACAUAGUGCAGUACCUGAUGUCCUUUGAAGAGCUGCUCUUUAUGAGUAACGCGCGAGAUAAGAACGCUCUAGACCUCGCUAUUGAUCACGGCAGAGAGAAUGUCGCCAUGGUGAUGAUAGAGCAUAAGAGAUGGAAGGAAGCUCUUCAUUCCACCAUAAGUGACAGACAGUCUCAAAUAGAAUCACUGGUACAGAAAAUGCCCAGAGUAGUGGAGCGUCUUUUAGAUCACUGCAUCGUGGAAGAAGGCCAGGUUACAGAUUACAAUUACAAGGUAACUUAUGACUUGAGAUUAAUCCAAGGAAUGGAUGCUAAUGGGGAUAAAACAAAACAUUCCCUGAACCACUUGCGGACGAUGGUGAAAUACAAGAGAGAGAAAUGCAUCGGUCAUCCGGUUUGUUACAGUUUAAUGAGCCUGAAGUGGAAGAAGUUUGGUUGGGUCACGUUCAUGUUGAAUUUCUUCAUGUUUUUUUUGUUCUUACUUGUACUGACAUAUUUUGCGGUAAAAAGUAAAGCUGAAUGGAUCAACAAAUGUGAUUCAGAAUGCAAAAAUCAGAGCGGAAGAAAUGACACGUAUUUUGCUUUGACCAUUUUGAUGGCGUUUAACAUGUUCUCCAUAAUCAAAGAGCUCCUGCAGUUGUACAGGCUGCGACUGAAAUAUUUCUGGGAUGCAUCCAGCUACAUGGAUUGGUCUAUAAACCUGUUAGCCUUGGUUUACCUGAUUUCCAAGAAUCCUGGCUGUUUGUGUAAGACGCCUCUUCAGAUGCAUGCAGUAGCAUUGGGUCUGUUUCUUGGUUGGCUCAACUUGGUGCUCUACCUCCGUAGACUGUCAACGUAUGGUAGGUUUGUGGUUAUGCUGAUGACUAUGAUACAAACGUUACUCAAGGUUAUCAUUCUUUUUAUUCUCUUUAUUUUGGCGUUCGGAAUUUCAUUCUACAUUCUCAUGGGCAAUAAUCAGAAUUUAUUUGGAUCUCUUCCCAAAUCGCUGAUGAAGACUUUCAUUAUGACGCUUGGAGAGUUGAACUUUGAAGCUACCUACAUCAACAAAGAUGUCGACGUUCCUUUCCUUAACUUUGGAAUAUUUAUUCUUUUCGCGCUCGUUAUGCCAAUCAUUCUGAUGAACAUGUUGAUUGGUCUUGCUGUGGGUGACAUUGACAACAUUCAGAAGAAUGCUGUUAUGGAUCGUUACAGAGUUCAGGUCGCACUUCUUCUAGAGCUGGAAGAAUCUCUUCCUAAAUGGCUGUUACGCCGUCUGACCGUGAAAGAACACGCUGAGUAUCCAAACCACCUAAAGACAAUCUGGACAAAGAUGUGGAUGCUCUUCUGUGAUUUGGGUCGAGUCCAGGGAAAUGAAUAUGACCAGGGUAACCACGUGUCUGUGACUUUAUCUCAGCUGAAAGAUAAAGUUGAUGAACAAGAAAUCAGAUCAAAAGAGAUGGAAAGAAUUCUACAUGAACAUUUACAAGUUCUGAAUGAGAUGAACCGUCGGCUGAGAGGAAGCGAAGAAGGGACUGGGCGAAGAAUCAUGAACUGGUUCGGACUCCGGUGAAUAAUCACGGACUUGGCUGACGUUGCUGUCGAAAGGGUUAAGAGACAGACUUAAAGAGUUGCUACGACUUUUAUUAAGAGAGAUUAACAUGAAUUGGACCAACCGCUGCUCGGCAGUUAUAUAAAAAGUCUGAUUUAGUUUUCAGUCACGAUUUACCGCGUAAAACGUCCGCUAUUACCAGGUUAUUGCAGUUUGAUUUGCACUUGAUUUGCAUCAAGAAGCUGAAUCAAUGAGUUUAUAGUGACGUCAUCAGCUCAAAAGGUUAAUUUUCCAGUCUCUCUCUCUUUUUUUUGCUACUGAUCAGAUUAUGAAAUGGUACUCGACGGAAUAAGUUGAUUGGUUCUA